GAUGGAGAUUAUUAAAGAGGAGAGAGAAGACGUGAAGAUUGAAGACACAUUCAGAGUCAAACAUGAAGAGACUGAGACACACACAGAGAUGGCGUCAGUUAAAGAGGAGAGUGAAGACAUGAAGAUUAAAGAAGUAUUCAGUCUGAAACAAGAAGAGUCUGAGGAACAAACAGACCUGAUGCCACUGAAAGAGGAGAGUCAUGAACUGAAUGAAAUGGAAGAGAAAGAUCAGAUUGAGAAAUACCAUGAUUUCAUGACUGGGGAAAAAUCUUUUAGUUACUCACAGACUCAUAAAACAGAAACUAGGAACCUUAAAGUCCAGAGGAGAGUUCACACAGGAGAGAAGCCUUUCACCUGUCAACAGUGUGGAAAAAGUUUCACUCGAAAAGACAGCCUUAAAGUUCACUUGAAAAUCCACAACGGAGAUGGAGAAAAGCUGUUCAUAUGCCUUCAAUGUGGAACAAGAUUUACACAGAAAAAAAACCUCAAUGCUCACUUGAGAGUUCACACUGGAGAGAGGCCUCACACCUGCCAACAGUGCGGGAAGAGUUUUACACAUAAAGGAAAUCUUAAAAUCCACAUGAAAGUUCACAUGGGAGAGAGCCUUUUUACCUGCCAACAGUGUGGAAAAGGUUUUAGUCAUAAAGAGAGCCUUAAAGUCCACAUGAGAGUUCACACCGGAGAGAAGCCUUACAUAUGUGAUCAGUGUGGAAAAAGAUUCAGUCGAAAAGACAGCCUUAAAGUACACUUAAAGAUCCAUGCUGAAGAGAAGCCAUUCCUGUGCCCUCAGUGUGGAAAUAGAUUUUCACUGAAAAAAAACCUUAAUGCCCACUUAAAACUUCACACCGGAGGGAAGCCUCACACCUGCGAGCUGUGUGGAAAGAGCUUCUCAAUUAGAGGAAGUCUUAAAAUUCACAUGAGAGUUCACACCGGAGAGAAGCCUUACAUAUGUGAUCAGUGCGGAAAGAGUUUUAAACAGAAAAAAGAACUUAAUGCCCACAUGAGAAAUCACACUGGAGAGAAACCUUUCACCUGCAAACUGUGUGGAAAGAGCUUCACACGAAAAGAAGGUUUUAAGGCUCACAUGAGAAUUCACAAGGGAGAGAAGCCUUUUGUUUGUGAUCAGUGUGGAAAGAGUUACAGAUAUAAAGAAGGCUUUAAACAUCACAUGAGGAUUCACUCAGGAGAGAAAUGUUUUAGAUGUCAUCAUUGCCCAAUGAGUUUCUCAGACAGGAAUCAUCUUAAGAAUCAUGCAAAAAUUCACAUAGAGAAGACUUGCAUCUGCCAUCACUGUGGAAAGAGUUUUACAAAAAGAGCAAACCUUGAGAAUCACAUGAGAGUCCACACCGGAGAGAAACCUUUCACCUGCCCUCAGUGUGGAAAGAGUUUUACAAAAAGAUUAAAUCUUGAGAAUCACAUAAGAAUUCACACCGGAGAGAAGCCUUUCACCUGCCAAGAGUGUGGAAAGAGUUUCACAAUUAAAGGAAACUUUAAGAUUCACAUGAGAGUUCACACUGGAGAGAAGCCUUACAAGUGUGUUCAGUGUGAAAAGAGUUUCUCAUAUCACACAGAACUGAAACGGCACGUGCAAAGAAAAUGCUGUUUUCCACAGUGUGACAAGUCAUUUAGAAAAAGCAAUUUCAUUUUAAACAAAGACAUUUCAGUGUAAUGCAAACAUCACACUUACACAUACAUAUGAAAAGUCAUGUCUUUGUCAGGGCCUGUUUGUAUUCUUUUUUGAAGAUUACAGCAAUAGAAAACAAAAAUACCACAGCUGAAUGUUAUCUUCAUCUGAUUCGACUUUGACCACUUCUUUUAUUUGUAUUAUUACAUUUUUAAAUCCUUACCAUCUUCUUUGCUAUAGUUCAGAUAUUAAGCAGUAUUUAGACUAUGUAGAGGCGUUGCUCCAUGUCAUAUACUUUGGUUGGUUUUUUGUGAUGUAUUUGUGGGAUGUUUUGAAUGUGUUUUAAAACAGGGACAUUUCUGAUGACGGCUCUAGCUGGGGACAAAACAAGAAAAACUGGGCUGUCCCUCGAAAACAAGGACAUUGGAUCACCUUACUCCACACAAACUCAUCAACUCGUGUUAAAGGCAUUGCGUCGUUUGAAGUUUUUAAGAUGAUUUGAGGCUAAAAAUAAAGGUGACUAGAAUUGA